AUGGCCGAACUAACUACCGAAAAGGAGAAAAUCGUCUCUCCAGCGACACCCGAGGAGGACAGUAUUGGAAAGACAACACAGGAAGUCAACCUUACGAAAGAUGGCUUCAGCGUCCACCCUCAGCCCGUCUCCGGCGACGCCAUGGAUCCCCUCAAUUGGUCGCCCUUUCAGAAGCACACGAUCCUAGCCAUUGUCAUGGCACUGUACGUCGGUCUCGACAACAGAUACUUCAUGUUCACCUACAUCACGACGACGACAGUGCCCUCGUUCCCAGAGCUUCAGGAGCAAUACGUACUAACACUCGAAAUGGUGAACUGGACCGUCGCCAUCCCAGCCCUCGGGCUCGCCAUUGGUCCACUUCUCUGGUCCUCCCUGGCCGACAUCAUCGGUCGCCGCACGAUCUUCAUUGCCGGCACCAUCGUCGCCUUCGCCGCUACCAUCGGCGCCGCGAAGGCCCCUCGUACGGCGGAUACAUGGCCGCCCGCCUGUUCCAGGGCUUGGGAGUGA